AUGGCGCCGUCCAGCGAUGACGGUGAACCCACGUGGAGGCUGUUCUUCGAUCCCGAGGAGGUUGACGAGAUGGACAAUGACGAUGACGAAUAUGACCCUGAUUUCCAAGACGAGCCUAAUGAAGAGGACGACGAUGAAAGUGAAUAUCAUGAUGCCGACGACGGUGGCGACGGCAACGUCGAGGUCGAAAUGCUUUUGAACGCAGGCGAGAAUGACGAGGAAGAAGACGAUGACGAUGACGAAACUGGACCUGACAAUACGAUUUCAAGAAUUAUGGCUCUCUUAACGGGUGCGCGCACCGGAACGGGCUUUCUAACAAGGGCCCAAUUGCUUGGUCUGAUUGAGAGGGGGGAAGUGACGUUGCGCGGUGUUGAUGAAGACGACGAGGACGACGAUGUGAACCCGUGGGGCGCCGGAAGACGCAGGAGGAGGCCUCGGGAGCCGGUCAAAUUUCCCAAGGUGCCGAGCGACGAGGGCACGAAGCUGAUGCACUCUGGCGCAUUUGGUUCAAACAAGUACCGCGUGUCCAAGAAGCAAUUGGCAAGGCGGAUGCUUGAUCGCGAGCUGGGACUCGGUGGCAGACGGGACCGACAACAAAACCAAGACCUCAUGGCCCAGGGUAUGAUUCCAUCAACAACACCCGAGAUGAUUGUACACUACGACGACCCGGUCUACUCUGGCCAGUUUUCUGACGACGGCAACUUCUUCUACGCAUGCGGUCAUGAUUUCAAGGUCCGCAUGUACGACACCUCGAAUCCGUACGAUUGGAAGUAUUAUAAGACGGUCACCUACCCCUGGGGCCAAUGGACUUUGACAGACGCUUCUCUCAGCCCUGACAACCGCUGGCUGGCUUACACAUCCAUUCAAAGUAACGUAUGUCUUGCGCCUACGGAUCCUAACGAUACCGGCGAUCCGUACACGCUUGACCUUGCCCAACAAAGUGUAGAGCAACAGCGCGCCCAGGGAUGGCGCACGAGACACGCCUUUGGAAUCUGGUCGGUCAGAUUCUCAGGUGACGGUCGAGAGCUUGUGGCGGGUACCAAUACGCAAUCUAUUGUCGUCUACGACAUUGAAUCACGCACGGUACUGCACAACGUCGUUGGCCAUGAGGACGACGUCAACGCUGUCUGCUUUGCAGAUAAAUCCUCCCCGCAUAUUCUCUACUCCGGCUCAGACGACGCAACCAUCAAGGUUUGGGACAGACGCAGUAUGGGAGACCAAAGACCUGCCGGAGCGUUCGUUGGACACGUCGAGGGUCUCACAUAUAUCGACAGCAAGGGCGACGGCCGAUACAUUCUCAGCAACGGAAAAGAUCAAACGAUGAAGCUCUGGGAUCUGAGAAUGGUCAUGUCCAUGUCCAAGUACGACGAAGUCAACCCCACCAGGGUAACCGGCAAUAGCGAUUUCGACUACAGAUGGGGAACGUACAGGGACGAGGACUGGUUCCCCCAUCCCAACGAUAACUCCCUUGUCACGUUCAGGGGCCAUCGAGUGAUGCGCACACUGAUCCGCUGUCACUUCUCGCCACCGUCCAGCACAAACUCGCGAUACGUUUACUCUGGCAGUCAGGACGGAAAGGUGUACAUCUGGAACUUGGAUGCUACUUUGGCGGGCACGAUUGAUGUAAGAAAGGCGACUAAAAACUCGCGGCCUCUCGAGCGUAGAUAUCGCAUCUACCACGGGGAUGACUUCCCAGGGUGGAACACAUGCGUGCGCGACGUAAGCUGGCACCCCAAUGCGCCAGUACUCGUUGCUUCCGCCUGGAACGGCUUCAAUAUGGCUCAUGGAACGUGCACCUUGCAUUCAUACAAUGAAACCGAGGACGACGAGGCCGAGCCCGAGAUGGGUCGUAGUCUGGACGAGAAGCUGCGUCCGGUAGGCGACGUCGGAUUCCACAUGUAG